AUGAAGUUGAACAUCGCGAACCUGGCCAACGGCUGCCAGAAGACCAUUGAGAUCGACGACGAGCGCAAGCUCCGCGUCUUCUUCGAUAAGCGCAUCUCGGCGGAGGUCCCGGGCGACUCGGUCGGUGAUGAGUUCAAGGGCUACGUUUUCCGCAUCACUGGUGGAAACGACAAGCAGGGUUUCCCCAUGAAGCAGGGUGUCCUGUCUCCGGGCCGUGUCCGCCUGCUCCUGUCGAAGGGCCACUCGUGCUACCGCCAGCGCCGCACUGGUGAGCGCCGCCGCAAGUCGGUGCGUGGCUGCAUCGUCGGUUCGGACCUGUCCGUCCUCUCGCUCGCUAUUGUCAAGCAGGGUGAGGCCGAGAUCCCGGGCCUGACCGACGCCUCGGUUCCCAAGCGCCUUGGCCCCAAGCGUGCCAACAACAUCCGCAAGCUGUUCAACCUUACCAAGGAGGACGACGUGCGCAAGUUUGUUAUCCGCCGUGAGAUCCAGCCCAAGAACGCUGACAAGAAGCCGUACACCAAGGCUCCCAAGAUCCAGCGCCUGGUCACUCCCCGCACCCUGCAGCACAAGCGCCGCCUGGUCACCCUCAAGAAGCGCCAGCAGGAGAAGUCCAAGGAGGCUGCCGCCGAGUACGCCAAGCUCCUGGCCCAGCGCCAGAAGGAGCACCGCGAGCGCAAGGAGGAGCUCCGCCGCCGCCGCUCGUCUGCUUCCCGCAACUCUGCCUCCAAGCAGUAAAAAGUGUCAGUUUCUUUUGGAUAUCGGGAGAAUGGAAGAAUAUCGCUACGCAAGCAAGAGUCCUCUCGCCAGAAUUUUUUACUUCGUAGAACAAAUCGUUGAUUCCAUGUCUUUCUCCACAAGAACUCCAGUAUCAACUUCAUAUAUCUACUUCAACAUGUCUCAUGUAGCUGCAUG